UUGAUCGAGGAAGAUAGGCGGGAUCCGCUUGGUGAGAGCAGAUUGGCUAGAUUAGAGGGGCGGUAUCGCCUGAAAUAGACUAGGCAGGCCUGGCAUGGUAGAGAUGGAUGAGCAGGGAUUGGCCGGUAUUCGUGGAUGAGGAUUGGCCAAGACAAAUAGGCGGGGCCUGGCGAGGUGGCUAGAUGUGGAUUAGCUUCAAUAGGUCGAGUUGUGAGCGGUAAUUGGUCGCCACGAGGAGGCGGGGCGGAGCUUCUGGGUCCGGCGGCGGUUUCCGGAGUGAAGCAAGGGGCCUGGCGGGGCCAUGUCGGGCCCGUCACCUGUGCAGAUUCGGGAGGCGAACGCUCACCUGGCCGCUGUACAUCGGCGGGCGGCGGAACUGGAGGCACGACUCGGGGCGGCGGAGCGCACGGUGCGGGAGCAGGCGGAAAGUCUCAUUCGCAAGGACGAGCAGCUGCGCGGGGCGCUCCGGGAGCUGGGCCGGGCCAAGGACCGAGAGAUCGCAGAUCUUCAGGAAAAACUCUUUUCUUCAGAGGGGACUGUCCAGAAGCUGCUGACUGUGAUUCAGGAGAAAGACGCCCUGAUCGUGCAGCUGAAGCAUCGAAGUGAGCUGUUGCACAAAAUCUGCCAGCGUCGACCCCUGCUGGAUGGCCUGUUGGCCUUCAUGGCUGAAGGGGAGCAACUGGGCCCUCUGGCCAGGUCAGAACCACCAAGUGCCAGCAGUUCCCCACUCCCCGAUGGUGCACCUGAGACUGAUGGGCCUACCUGCCCACUCUCCAACAGCCAGGCCUUCUCUCUCAGUGAAGAUGACCUAGAUGACAAAGAUUUGGACCAGACUAUGUUUGGAACCACAGUGUGAGCUGUCCUGUCUGUUAGCUCUCCCUUCCUCCUAAGGCUUCUUUCCAGGCCUUCUCCUUAUGGUGGUAUCCAUUCAAACCUGGGGGGAUGAGGGUCCUCCAAGUCCCCCCUCAGAGAAGCAACCCCCAGUCUGUUCCUGGCCCUGUCCCACUGAGACAGGAAUCCUUGCAAAACCAACUGUCUGUGAGGACAGGGGCUGAUGGUCCGUGAGACUUAGAUUCUAGAUUCAGGGACUUAGUUUCUUCCUUCACCCCCAAUCUCCCUUCCCCCUAAAAAGAUUUUUCUCUGCAGAACCUUCAAACUCAGGGUGAACAUGGACUAGCAUCUCAAGGAGGGAGGCAAAUUUCUUAGUAAGAGAAAAGUUUAAAGGAAAAACAUAGCUUGACUACAGGGAUAUAAGGGGUAAAUUCUCUAAAUUCCCAGUUGGGCUUGGAAGCCAGGUCCUAUUUGGUAGUAGUAGAGUGCCUAAAUACAACCGUACGGUGAGGUUAAUGAUAGCGGGCCUGACUUCUUAAAGGGAGCUGACUCUUCAGUCAGAGUUUACUCCACCCUAGAGAAAUUGCAGGACUUGGAAAAGGCAAAACCUACUUGGGAAGGGGAGGCAGAUUAGCAUUUCUGAAGAUCACACUGUUCCAGAUCAUUGGGGCUUUGAAAACAACCAGACCAAACCAAACCUGUGGCUCUUCUCCCCCAACCCCUGCUGCUAGCUUCCCAUUCUGGUUAGCCACCUUGACGGUGAUCCAUAUUUUGAGAACUGUGCCAUCCCUAGAGGGAACAGGAGUUCCUCAUUUUGAAUAAUACUGGGGCCCAAAGGUUUGUUCAUUUACUAUGUAGCCUAUUCUAAGCCACUCAUACUUUUCUAUCAGCUUUAGUAGGAAGUUUCUGUGUAUUUUAAAAUACUCUUUUUCAAAUUCUACAUUUGUUCUUGAUUUUUAAAAAAUUCGAGUGGGAGUUGUUUUCCCAAGCAGCCCUGCUAGCUCGCCUCUGUCGAUAUCAGAUGGUUGGGAGGUCUGGCCAGUCUUCUACUUCUCUACCUUCUAAUGUCGAGCCAGCUGGUUCCCGCGAGGCCUGUGACAAGGGAAGAUUUCUGGAUAAGAAAACGGUGGUUUCCAUGCUCUGGUGAAUGGCUCUCUGAUGCCAGGUGAAUCUCAGCCGAGCAGAAUCGCAGCCUGAGAGAAGAAUUCUAACCUUUGCUUGGCUUGGAGUGGAUGGUAACAGGAUUUGCCCUGGACACCUCUUCAGAAGAGCAUCGACUAUGGGCACACAGACUGGGGUAGCGGCUCCCAUGCAGCUCUAUGUAGCCAACUAGAAAUCCUUUUUAUAUCUAAUAGAUGUCUAUAUUUUACAUGUCUGUUUUCUAUGGGGUCAUUCUCAAACUGAACUAUUAAAUGGGAAGUUCACCAUUUGAGGAUAAACAUUUCACUUUUUAUAAAAGCAAGUAAAAGGAGAAAAUCUU